GGAUAAUUGUUGCUUAUUUGUUAUAGUUUAAAAAUAAUUUUUAAUUUUGCACUUUUGUAAAUGUUAUUGGGGAGUUGGCAAUAAAAUGGAAUGAUGUCAAUGAAUCCGCUGGUACCUGAAGGCCGCUAGACCGAUGCCCGAAUCCGGACGGUGGCCGCUGUAAAGCCGGCGAACCUGAACGCGUGGAACCUCUGACUUGAUCCGACACACUUGCUAGCGACUCGGACGGCACAGUCGUCUCCUUUGAUUCCCGAUUUCGGAACUGAUCGUUUUGGAAAGGAGACCACCUUCCAUUGGGAAAUUGAUGAAAAUUCCACCGGCUCUCACGUCCAUCGCCGCCGAGCCGCAGGAAGACGGCUAGCCAGCGGUUAUCGCCAUCAUGCUGCAUUAACGUCCGUGGAGUCGGAAGGAAAAUCCUGCCAAGAGUCGAAUACCGCUCACCUCGGAAAUGGCCAAGCUGGUCGGAGUCUACGGCGAGAAGACGGAACUGCUCAAGCGGCAGCUGCCCCUCGUCGUCUACGAGAACGUCAAGAUGGUAAUGGAUCUAAAUUGGUUAGGCUGUCUAUAUGGCAAUUCCAUAGUCUGUCCAAAGGAAGUGGACAAAUUUUUAGAAACCUUCAACACCCUAACAAGAGAGGAAAUCCGUGAGGCAUUUGUCGUGAACGAAAAAGAUUUUUUUUCACUUUUGAAAGACACUGUUCCUUGUGUAGGCUGCCGAAGAAGCGUGGAAAAACUGUAUGAGCAACUGAAGCGGUCUGGUCACCCAACUCUAGAACCCCUAGUCAUACAAUCUAAUGGAAAUCUGGUCAUACAGGAAAAGCAUUUAGAUUGGCCACUGAGGAUUUGCAGCCUUCUCCAUGAACACAGUGCGAAAUUGACACAGUUGUUAGAAAGUCAGUUAAGAUCAAAAAAAAGUCAUAGGUGCAUAUUACAUAGUCUAGAAUAUCAUAGGAUUGCCAGGCCUACCUGGAAAGAAGUCUGGGAUUCGAUGAGACCACAAUGCCGAAAAGAGGUUCUCCUAAUCCCAUCGACAACAUUGAUGAUUACACUUGAAAACUAUCUACAAAAGCACAGGUUUUGUGGUGACUGCAGAACCAAAGUUCUCAAAGCAUACUGGUUGCUUGUGGAAGAACCGGAGCCAACCAGAGAAAAGGGUUUCAUCCCGGGGCUUUACAGUGGUAUAAAGCGCUGCAUGCCAGACAAACACCUGCAUUUACCAUCUAACACUGACUACGUGAGCUCCAUUAUUGCAAGAGCACAACCAGAUGUGAUGAGCAGCGGUGAAAGGCAUGCCAAAACGUUGGAAGUCGCUCAGGGCGAGAUUAUCACCUGUCUAGGGUUGGUAGUGCACGAAAGGCUCAAUCGAAUACAGAUGCGCAUGAAAGAAGAAGAAACCACCUGCCAAGUGCUUGCAGCUGUGGCUGUAGAUGCACUUAGCCGGAAUUUCCAGCGUGCAGUAGAUUCAAAGAGGGGCAUAACAAAGUUAGAGCUUCUUUACAAUGAAAUUACCAAAGAGGAAAUAGCAAAACAACAGAGGAAGGAGCAGAAAAAGUUAAAGAAAAAGAAAAGAAAGGAAAGAAAAGCAUGUGAAACCAAAGCUGAUCAGGCAAAUGAAUUUUUGGACACCAGCUGUUCUGCAAGCUCUUGUGCUUUAGAUGAAAACAUUCCUCCAUUGUGUUCUGCUGAAAAUCCUAAUGUUGAGUUAAAUGUGAAAAAAGAGGACAGGAGUUGCUCUUGUGAAUAUGGCCACGAUUGUGGUUAUUCGAGUGGUAACAACAAUGCCGGAUCCUCUCCGAGCUCCCCUGAGGGAUCAGAAGCCUGUGAUGAAUUCUGUAACGAAGGUGUUUGCCAUAGAAGCUUGAAAUCGUCGGUGACACCAGAACCUGUGAUACCUCCAAAUAGGACAUUUACAUUGUCGCUGGAGCAAAUGUUAGAGGAGACAGCCUCUUCAGAUGAAGAGAGUUUCAUACCCCUGGAGGAUGUGAGGGCAUUUCAGGCUCGUGACAAUAUUCCACAAAAACGAGAAGAACUGAGACAAACACUCAGAAUGAGAUUCGCUCAACUAUGUGCCAACAACCAAAAUUAUUAAAAAAAUAUAUAAUAAAUGGGAAAUUAUAGAUAUUGUAAGAUUGUAUUGUCCUAAGAUCGAGGGUCGCACGCAGUCGACUUCCCGUUUUCCUCGAUCGUCUAAUUUACGGAAUCGCAGAAAAGCAGUUCGAUCAGAUCUCCUUGCAUCAAAUCAAAGCAUUUUAUUUAGAGCUGAAAUGUAUAGUCCAUUAGUGUGGACCACAAGAUCUUU